AUGCGCGUAUUGCCGCGUCUAGCUUCUGUGGCUGCAAUCGCCGUCUCUGUCUUCGUCUGUAGUGGCGUUUCCUCGUCGCUGUCCACCGUCAUGCUUGUUUACUCGACCGUCCAGGCCGUCGGAGGCAACUCCACCGCCGGGUACUACAAGUACCAGAACAUCCGUUACGCCAAAGCUCCCGUUGGACUGUUUGUUCCUGGAUGUGCGGGCCCCUGUUGGCGCGGUGGGGAGGAGCCUCCCGUGCUGGUGUACAACUACGGCGGUCGGUUCAAGCUCGGUUCCAAGUCGGUGAACACGCCCGAGGGUCUGUUCGAGCUAUCCACGGACUUCAUCUACGUGGCCUACAACUACCGCUUGGGGCUCACGGGGGUGGCCACCGACCAGCACGAGGGCGGUGUUUCGAACCUGGCUGUCUGGGACGCCACGCACGCUUUCGAGUGGGUGCAGAAGUGCAUUGAAAACUUCAGAGGCAACCCGAGCGACGUCACGGCGGUGGGUUUUUCGGCUGGUGGCUCGCAGAUCGGGUUGCAGAUGACUCGCUUCAGCGGCAACGCGCCUCAGCUGUUCCAGAAGGCGUACAUCAUGUCUCCUGGUUAUCUCCCGAGUGCGGGCCACCACCAAGCGGAGCAGUUCUGGCAGAAUGUGUCGAGUGCUGUCGGCUGUGAGGGAGGCCACUUGGCGUGCAUGCGGGAAGUUCCAUUCGGUACGCUAGCAAACGCUACGACGGAAAUCGUGAACGCGUAUUCGUACACGUUGCAGCCUCGCGUCGACGGCUUCAUCCUUCCGAACACGUACGAGGCCAGUGUGUACCAAGGCCACUUCAACUUCUCCGGCCCGUGCGUGCUCACUCAUGAGCAGCACGAAUACAACACCGUGGCAUACACCGGCGUCGAAAGCGAGGCGGAUAUUGUCACAACAUUGCGAGUGCUGUUCCCUGCCAUUGCCGACGACGCCAUUGAAGAGCUGCUGGAGCUGUACCCGGCCGAGGACUACGCGAAUGCGGGGCUGCGCUUCAACGACAUGCAGCAAUCGGCUCAAGUGACUUCGAAGAAUUUGGGGCUGACGUAUGCCCUUGGAAACCAGUCCUGGAACGCUGAAGUUGGUAUCAGUCCGGCCAAGCACGGCACCGACCAGAGUCACUACUUUUACAGCACGUACACGCUCUCAAUCCCGACCAACGAUUCGACUGCGACGCUGACUUCGGAGGCCGCAGCGUUGACGGCCCUGUCGAGCUCAAUCACGUCCCCAGUGAAUGCGACGGUCGCGAGGCAAAUGCAGAAAUACCUCCUCUGCUUCGUGAUCACGAGCAACCCGAACUCGGCCUGGCCCGACGACAAGCCGUACUGGCCGCGGUACAACGAGUCCAGUGAUGGCGUGGAGAUCGUGUUCAACGACACCAUUACGGUCGCGGACGACGAUCUGGCAAACGAGAAGAGCGUGUACUGGAACAAGGCGCUGUGGUACUAA